AUGGGCAGCGACGAUCUGCUCGGCGCGGUCGUGAUGAAGGGCGCCGACGUCUGGACCGCGAACCAGGAGGUCGUCGAUUUACCGCUAUUAACGGAAACCGGCGACCGCCAAUCCACGAAAAGCGGCCAGACCGUCGUGGGCGUCGCCGUCGUCGAGGGCAAGCACCUCCCGCGGUGCGAGGCCUACUGGAAGCUGCGGAAGCCCAUCAUGCAGGCCGCGGGCGCGACGGCGGGCACGGUCGUGCGGCCCUGGUUCGUCGUGACGCCCGGGGAUUUGGCGGCGUCGGGCUGGGACGUGCUGCUGAGCUUCGCGAUGAUGUACGCCGCGAUCAUCACGCCCUUCGAGGUCGGCGUCACGCGGUACCACGAGCGGCCCGUGGGCGAGCUCCACCACCUGCCGCGCCUCUUCAACGCGACGAACUGGAUCGUCUACGCGAUUUUUGUAUUAGACACGUGCGUCCAGUUCGUGCUCGCGUACUUUGAGGACACCGUGCGCAUGUGGGUCUUCGAACCCCAGUUCAUCGUCGAGCGCUACGUCAAGAGCCAUUUUCUGAUAGACGCGCUGUCGAUCCUGCCCUGGCGCGUCAUCUGCGCCUUCCUGUCGUCGCAGAACUCGGGGCUCGGGACGCGCGCGCGGCGCUACUCGCGGGCGCUGCGCUGUGCUCUGCGGCUGAUCGAGCUCGCGCGGACGUCCCGCGUGCCCCGCCUCGUGAAGCGGCUCCGCGAGCGCGGCGGCGAGACGAACGACGCGAACCGGCGCACCUGCGCCUGGUGGGGCGCGGCGCCGAGCCGCUUCUUCUCCUACCUGCUGACGCACGGCGUCGGCCGCAUGCGGAACUCGUCGCUCACGCUGCUCAAGUUCGGCAUCAUCUCCCUCGUGUCGCUGCACUGGGUCGCCUGCGUCUGGGCGCUCCUCCCGACGCUGCAGCACGAGCGCCACGGCUGGACGGGCGACCCGGACUCGACGCACCUCGCGGGCCGCGGCGACCGGCCGCUCGCGCUCUACGUCCAGUCGUUCGAGUACGCGAUCACGACGAUGGUCAUGGACCAGGCGCGGGCCCAGCCGACGAACACCUUCGAGCAGGGCGUCUGGCUCGUCGUCGCGCUGGUCAUGGGCGCGCUCUACGCCUACAUCAUCGGGGUGAUUUCCGCGGUCGUCACGAACAUGGACCCGGCGACGACGGAAUUCAACGCGAUCUCGGACCUGCUCGACUCCUACAUGAGGGAGCUGGGCCUCGACGAGGAGACGGCGGACCGCGCGCGGCGCUACCUGACGGCGACGGAGCUGCACUUCCGCCAGGAUUAUUAUCGGAAGCUGCUCGCGAUGCUGUCGCCGGAGCUGAGGGGCGUCUUCGCGCAGCAGCUCUGCGGCGUCUGGGUCCACCAGAUCUGGUUCUUCAACUGCCCCGACAUCAACGAGCGCGCGCGCUUCGUCACGGCCGUCGCGUUGCACCUCAAGGUGUCGGCCUUCAACCGCAUGGAGUGCAUCGUCCGCGUCGGCGAGCGCGCGGACGCGAUGUACAUCGUCCGAAGAGGGAUCGUCGGCGUCCGCGGCGUGCCCUUCUCCUGCGGCAAGUUCUUCGGCGAGGAGAUGAUUAGGGACGGCCAGUGGCGCGACUACAGCGCCAUCUGCGCGACCUUCUCGGACCUCCACGUGCUCCACAAGGAGGAUUUGCGGGCCAUCCUCGCGGAGAGCCGGUUCCCGCGGACGCGGUCCAUGAUCCGGUUGCGGGUGCUGUACAUGACCUUCCAGCGCCACAUCAAGCUCGUCGUCAAGGCCGCGCGCAUGCGGCCGGGCUACGUGCGCCCGAGUCCGGACGAGCGGUCCAAGUACGUCGCCCGGCUCAAGGAGUUGGGUAUGAUGCGGAUCCCGCCGCCCGAGAAGCGCGACGCCUUCCCCCGAAGCUCCCUCGACGACGCGCCGUCCGACGACGAGGCGGGCGCCAAGCGCGCGCCGAAGCUCGCGCCCCUCGACGGCGCCUUCUCCGCGACGUACCACGACGCGGAGGCCGCGGCGCGCGCUCAGCUCCGGGAGCCGCCGCGGCCCAUCGACUUCCCGAAGAUGCGGAAGAUCCGGACGCUCCACAAGGAGGGGUCCAACGCCUUCCACGAGGAGUUAAGGACGGCCCACGGCAUCGACGCCAAGGACCUCGACGGGUCCCAGGUCCGCGCGGACACGGACGCGUUCCAGUCGGUCUGCGAGCCCGAGCGCGACGGCGGCGCGGUCACGCGCCGCGAGGUCGAGGAAUUACUGGUCGACCUGGAGAGACGCCUCAAGGGCGAGGCGCCGGCGACGUCGACGAGCCCCGUGACCGCGCUGUCGGACUCGCCGCGGCGGACCGCGGCGGCCGUGGACUUCGAGAUCGCGGACCUCCGGCGGAAGCUCGAGGAGCUCGAGCAGGCGCGGGACCGGCUCUCGAGGGAGGACAUGUCCGGGGGCGCCGUGCGGCGCCUGUCCAUGGUCGGUAAUGCGUGA